GUACUGCCAUCCUCCUGAAAAUAUGGGGUCUGAAAACCCAAGUCCACAGAACCCUGGCUGUAAGAUUAUGACCUUUCGUCCCACUCUUGAGGAGUUUCGGGACUUUGGGAAAUACGUUGCUUACAUUGAAUCACAAGGAGCUCACCGAGCAGGGCUUGCCAAGGUGAUUCCUCCCAAGGAGUGGAAGCCCCGAAAAACCUAUGAUGACAUAGAUGAUAUGGUUAUCCCAGCUCCCAUUCAGCAGGUGGUUACUGGCCAGUCAGGAUUAUUCACCCAGUACAAUAUACAGAAGAAACCCAUGACUGUGGGAGAGUACCGGCGUCUGGCUAAUAGUGAGAAAUAUUGUACACCACGCCAUCAAGAUUUUGAAGACUUGGAGCGCAAGUACUGGAAGAAUCUCACUUUUGUCUCACCAAUUUAUGGGGCUGAUAUCAGUGGCUCUCUGUAUGACACAGAUGUGGAAGAAUGGAAUAUUGGCAAUCUGAACACCCUGUUAGACAUGGUGGAACAUGAGUGUGGUAUUAUUAUAGAAGGUGUAAACACUCCCUACCUCUAUUUUGGGAUGUGGAAGACAACGUUUGCUUGGCAUACAGAAGACAUGGAUCUCUACAGUAUCAACUACUUGCAUUUUGGAGAGCCAAAAUCCUGUGACAGAAGCAACGAAACUGAAUGCCAAGUCUUAAUACUUCAUGUUUAUUACAGCAUUUUACUGAGGAAUGUAUGCAUCUCAGCCCUUGGAAUUUCAAAAGCAUAUUUUUAAACACUGAAGUACUCUGCCAUCAUUUCAUCUCUGUAAAAUAGUGAGUGCACGUACAUGCUCUCUCCUGGUAUAAAUUAUGGUCUUGCAUAUCAUUUAUGUGGGUUCUCUUCCUGUGUUACAUACAGGUUAUUGUUUUACACUCCUGAAUUGCUGUAGCAGUAAUAAUCACAUUUGGAGGAACAAAAUAAUCUGAUACUGCCAAACCAGCAGAGUCACUACUAACUCUACAGAGUGGUGAACAGUGCAGGUUCCAUUGCUCAGAUACUUUGUGACUAAUUUUGCCAUAUAGCAGCAAUGUUAGAUAUAUUUUUGUAAGUAUUAAUGGAAUGUUACUCUGUAUUAUUUCUUAGAAACUGCGGAUGUUAAAUCAGUGACACUGAGGAUGGUAACUGAUUCUUACAAAAUGUCUCUCUUUCCUGAUUGUGAUGGCUGCUUAAUUCUCCUUGAAAGAGGGAGCUGGGCUGAGCUUUGAGGUCGUAUGGUCUUCUCUCCAAGCACUCCCCUAUUGAAAACAGGUCAUGCCUAAUCUGCUUGCUAUCAGAUAUCAGACUUUUGCCAGAUCAACAGUUCAUGAAGAAUUAAGGACAAAUUACCAAACGAAUUUUAAAAUAAUAUGACAAGAUAAAAGCAGUGGUCACGUACAAUUACAUUUUAAGGACCACUUUAAGAGUUCUGUCUUGUAGAAGUACCAACACCAUUUGCUUGAAGAUCUGUAGAAUUACCUAAAAACUUGAUUGAUUAAUUAAUUGGUGCUUUCUUUCCUCUGGUUCUCUGGAGGGCUGCCUGUGCCGGGUAGGUCCUUCUGUUCAUGGGAGGACUUGCUUAUAACAUCUACACUUUAGUAAAUUUGGAUUAUGUUACUGAUGCCACUGUCAGCAGGGAAACAUCACAUUUUCUGAGAGUGAUAUAAUAGGGAGAUGUAAAGCAAAACAUGUUUGUUCCCCUGAGAGUGGAUAGGAGAGGGACCUUUUUUUUCUUGGCUAACAGCAUAUCCUAAAGCAGCUGCAAACACGCAAGUGCUGAGGAUCUUACUGCUGAUUUUAUUUUUCAUUAUUGUCUUAGGGAAUGCUGCAGCUGUCUUAGUCAGAAAUCUUGUCCUGUCUUUCCCCCCAGGAUAAAAAAAAAAAUGUUGAUCCCUGGAAAACCGUCUUGGGGAAAUAAAAUGACCCAAUACAGUCACAGAGCUUAACUCUUCAGGUUUUAUCAUUCCUUAUUUUCAGUGCAGGAUACUGGGUCCUUGUCCCCAUUUUCCCUGUGUGGUAUUCUGCACCAUCUCUCUGCUUUAACAGACUCUCACAUAUGUUGCAGUUUGUUGUGAACUCAGUGUAAUCUCAUUUAGAGCAGCUGGAUUGAUACUGAGUUGUAUAGCAGCAGGGGGGAAGGGCAUUUGUCCCUUGCAUCGUUUAUUGCCUUCUCACUGUUACAUUCCCCCAGGGAGCCAUUGCACAAGGCAGCUGAAUCACUGAAUUGAUAAGAUGUGAUUAGAAGUCUUGAUUAUUAGGAUCUCAGUAACCCUUGCACCCUGGAGAUCCUUGAGUUUCUUAAAGGUUGAUUAGCAGGAAUCACGUAGGGACUUUGCCCUUGAGGGAACUCAGGACUCUGAAUUUGUUAUGCUAUGACUUUUCAUUUUGCUCCAUACAGAGGAUAGAUGCAUCUCUCUCUCUGUAUAUAGAUAUCUGAUUUUUAUUUUUUUCAAAUUCUGUGUACCAUAUUUUUGCAGCCUUCUUCCCCAUCCGCUUGAUCCCCAAGUUCUGCAUCAGCUUUCCAUGGGAAGUGUAUGAGGCUGCCUUCUUCUGAAGCCCGUGCACAUUUCCUAUUUGUGUGUUCCACUCUUGACAGUAGAGAUUAAUAGGCUUGUUGGGGGGGGAGUAGAGGAGAAAGGAAAGGCAAGGGAAGGCCAUUUGGCAGUGAUGGGUUCCUUUCAGCUCACAAAUUUCCUUCCAGCCUCUGCUAUCCCAUGUAAUCUGUUUUACAGCUUUGCAGUUCUGGAGUGAAAAAGAGUAGAAUUUAUGGUGAUGGUUGAUUUAUAGAUUAACAACAACACCAUUUACUCUCAGGCAGAUUUGGCAAUGUGAGUCCAUUUUCUACUGAAAAAAAGGGAUAGAGGAAAGAACAGUGAUAUUCGUUAAAAGAAAUAAAAUGAAAGUGAGAUAAAGUAUAACCAGGCAGAGCAGCUUUUCACUCUGCUAUCUGUUCUACAAUCAUGAGGUAGAAGCUGCUUUGGAACUGGAUUUCUAGAAUGAGAAUCUGUGUGCAUGUUGAUUUGCUCUGAGAUUUGUGAAAGGAGUGAUACGUUGAGGUGCAGAAUUACAUCCCCCUAUGAUUCACUGAUAAAUGAGAGCAAUGCCGUGGCAAGUUAUUAAUACAGCCUUCCAAGCUUCAUAUACCGCAGUCAUUAGUUAAUCAAUACGAGCCACACUCUGCUAGUGAUUCUUAAACAAGGCUUCCUCCGGGCCUGAGAGGACUGUGUCCUGCAGGUGGUGCUCUGGCUGAAGGAUGAUGUAACUCAUGAAAGCAGGAGUGGUGCACGUUGAUAAUCUACUAUAAAAUUUCAGGAGAUUGGUGUAUUGUAGGGAUUGGAUUGGCUUUAAUGUAGUUAAGUCAUCAAACCAAACUAUAUGAAGAAUCACGAGCUCUGGCUUGUAUUAAGGGGAUUAUCCUCCAAAUCAGAUGCUUGCAGUUGGAGUAGUGGAAAUUUUUCUUUUUAAUAGACUUGGAUUUUUGUUGUGUUGUAGAUUAUUAAAAGGUGAUUUUUCCUGAUGCAAAGGAGACACACUAUUCUGGGGUGGUUGGACUUGCAUGUUGCCUGUCUUCACCCACUGUUAUCUAACUUUGAGGAAAAAAUGCCGUGAAGGUCAGGCCGGACUAUUGGAUCAAUGGGAUCAGCUGUGGAAAUUGUCUGAAGAGGGACUGUUGCCCUGUAAGAAUGAGUGCACUGACCUCAGCCUCGGGCUGUUUGUAUGCAUGGUACUUCUCCUUUCACUCAGCUCUGCAAUGUUUGUUUUUUUUUUUUCCUUCUCCCUCCAACUGAAGUCCUUUGCUCUUUCCAUUUGUCAUCCUUAUCCCUGCCUAAAUCUGCUGCAGAAGACAUGUUAGUAUGUACACUGCCAUUUUAUUUUUCAAUCUGUGCAUUUUGUAUCUGUUUCCGUUGUGUGUAUUCAAUUUGUUUCUUGAAAUUAAACUCUUCGAGACUGGGGCAGUCCAUCUGCCAGUGGUUGUAGUGAACGUAGCAAAGUGGAGAUCCUUCUGAUCUGUGGUUCGUCUUUAUACCCUUCCAUAAUGAUCUUGAAAGGUGACAGUGCAGAUCUGUGAUCUCAUUCCUAUCUUUGCAGCAGUGUCUUCAAGUGGGCUCCUGCUCCUCUGAUGCGGCGUUCAAUGUGUAUGGCUGGUUUCGCCAGCACUAAUAAUUCAUUGCAGCUCAGUAGACCCAGUCUGGAUUGAGGGAAACAUGCCUUUGAUCCAAGAAGGCUUUUGCUGAAAGUCAUUCUUGUGUUUUGAAAGAGUCUGCUCAAAGCUCAGGCCUGAUUUGAAAUGAAGAUCACUGGAAGUCUGACUGGAUCACAGAUUGGUUUUAAUAACUGAGCUGUUUGAGCAGUGUGCUCUGCUGCUGAGACUAGAUGGGAGGGAGAUGUGCUUCCAUGCUUCAUGUAACUCUGUCAGCCUGAUCUGACUUGAGUCUUGUGGGAGACUGAGCUUGCAAAUUCUGGCUUGGCAUGGCCCUGAAAAUGAGUUGGUUGGGUGAGGAGGAGCCAACCAUGAUGCUGCAGAGCUUUGUCUUUAUUCACGUUCUGUUAACACAUUGGCAGACAUCACCAGGGAUUUUUUUUCCUUUGCACAGCAGAGAAAACCGAUGAUGGGUGAUGCCACGUACAGUACAGGUAUAGUUUAAAAGAACGGAAGCCUAUAGCAAUGACAGCACUUAAAUAGUACUCUGCAUUUUUGAGGUGCUGUGUUGCUGGUAAUUAGUUAAUAUUCGGAGUAAUCUGUGCUGGGGUUCUGGACACUUCUUUUCAAAGAGGACAGUCAGUGUAACAGGGGGGAUCUGGGAGAAGAAAUAAAGGAAGCUUUAUGAAGCAUCACUGAUUUUUAUCCGACCUUAACUGUAGCACUUCCAAUUUGAUGCUGGCUAGUGCAGAGGCACUUGCUUCAGCGUGGAUGUUGCUGGAGCCACAGUGUGGUUUGAUGAAUAGGGAUCAUUUUAUCUUCUGAACAUUUUUUCCCUCAGAAAGGAAAGCAUGUAUAGAGGCAUUGCAUCUCUGGCACAAGGGGUUUCCCCAUCCAAAGAUACCUGUUUCUAAAGAGCAGAUUCUGUUUGGGCUGCUGUAGGAAGUUCCCCAUCCUUUUCCAAAAGCAGUGAACAGCAGCAGGCAGUGCUCAGGAAGGAGGAGGCAGCUCGCACAGGCUGCUUGGUGCAAGAUGAGAACAUCUGUGAUGUCUCUGGUUAUCUUUUUUUUUUCUUUUUUUUUCUCCCUUGUUCCUUGAAUUGUGUUGAUAUCUUUCUAUAAUGUAAAGUCUUUGAAGAGCAUUUUUUGCUUUUCCUUUAGUAUUGGAUACUGUAGCAAUAUAAGGAACCAGUAAUUAAUAAUGUGAUUACCAGUUUUGGGAAAGAAAUUUGAUGUGAACAGGUUCUUCAAAACAAAGAAUGGCAAGAGGAUGCAUAUUGCAGUCAUUCAUUACCGUUAAGUUGUAUACUAAUUAUCUUAACCAAAAGCAAUAUAAAUAAGAGAUUUUAUCAUGUUUUUUCCUAAACACUUUUUCUUAGUAAAACACUUCCCACUACCCAUUCACCUCAUAAGUAGCAAACUGUGGGUUUAUUUUGUAUGUGUGCCACUCCAUUGUGAUUUGUAAACGCGUGCUCUGCGCCUGCAUUUGUUGCUGCGAAGCUCACUGGCCUGUUAUAUUGGUAGUCUUUCCAAGACCAGAUGGUUGUUCAUAUGUAAACUUCUCUUUUGAAGUAGUAUUUAAGAAUUGCAUUUUAGUUGUGGAAAAAAAACCUUACAUUUAUUGAAAUCUAAGUGAGAAAAGUGAUAUUAGUUAAUUGCCUAAUGGAAAAAAUUCUGUAUCUCAAAUGCCACUCCUAAAAAUUUGUAUGCAUUAAAAUCAGAAUUUUAAAAAUCUA